AUGGCAAGCACUUGGCAACCCCCGAAUGAUUACCGAAACAGAGCCGUCGUAGUUCUAGGUGGCGGUGUGCUCGGACGACGAAUAGCUUGUGUAUGGGCUUCGGCUGGUUACAAUGUCCGGAUCCGAGAUCCUAGCCUCCAGCAGCGAAAGGAAAGUGUCGCGUACUUUGACGAAAACAUCGCCCUAUACACCCAGAAGACGUGCCAAACGCCAGGCACUGUGAAGUCAUUGGAGAAACUUGAAGAAGCACUCACUGGCGCCUGGCUCGUCAUCGAAGCUGUUCCGGAGGUUCUACAACUCAAGGUUGACACCUUUGCUCAUCUGGAAGCAUUUGCACCAAGUGACUGCAUCCUGGCCUCCAACUCGUCUUCCUACAAGUCCUCCGAAAUGCUGGACAGGGUAUCCGAUGCCACUCGAUCUCGGAUUCUGAACAUGCAUUAUUACAUGCCACCACGUAACAUGGUCGUUGAGCUCAUGACAGACGGUCAUACUGAGGAGUCGAUUUUCCCCUUCAUGGUUGACCGAUGCAAAGAAGGAGGAACAUUGCCCUACGUUGCUCGGAAAGAGUCGACGGGUCUCAUCUUCAAUCGUCUUUGGGCUGCUGUCAAGAGAGAGAUCCUGACUAUUCUGGCAGAGGACGUCUCUACCCCUGAAGAGAUUGACUCUUUGUGGGACCAAAUGUUCGUGAAGGGAGGCGCGACCCCUUGCAAGACAAUGGAUGACGUGGGCUUGGACACCGUCGCCUUGAUCGAAUCUCACUAUGUCAAGGAGCGUGAUCUUUGUCCUGAAAACACCGUGGAUUUCUUGAAUGCCAGAUACAUCAAAGAUGGGAAGUUGGGCACAAAGAGUCAACUUGGUGGUCUUUACCCUCCCGCAGUGGCCAAAGAGGCUGCAGCAAAAGCCCCUAGUAUCCUUGUCUUGGACCUUGGUCUUUCCUCUGUCUCGCCAACGAUGUCGUCUGGCUCUAUCCUGGAAUACUCGACCACUGGUCAAAUCAAACGGGCUCUAGCCGUCAAUCAGGCUCUUCCAGAUGGUCUGGCAGUUGACACCAGCAGUGGCCUCGCGUUCUGGACCAACAUGGGAAUACCAGGAAAGCAAGACGGCACCGUGCUUUCAAUCAACCUGCACACGACUGAGAUAAAGACUAUUGUUGCGCCUGGUACAAUCAACACUCCAAAGCAACUGGCUUUGGACAAGGAGGCAAAGAAACUGUAUUUCUGUGACCGGGAAGGCUGCCGCGUGUACCGCUGUAACUUUGAUGGCUCUGAGCUAGAGACCCUCGUGUGGACAUGUGAGCUUGAGGAUACAGACCCUAAGAAGAACAUUCACAACUGGUGUGUUGGUAUCGCUGUUGACGCAGAGCUGGGUAAGUUUUACUGGUCCCAAAAGGGCCCGUCUAAAGGCGGACAAGGGCGUAUUUUCUGUGCCAACAUCUCGACACCUUUCGGUGAAUCUGGUAUCAACAGAAGUGAUGUGGAGUGCAUUCUCGACGGACUCCCAGAGCCUAUUGACCUUGAGAUUUCAGAGAUCUCAAAGUCGCUUUACUGGACUGAUCGUGGUGAGAUCCCGUUUGGUAAUUCGGUGAAUCGCGCCCAACUCGAUUCAUCUGGUCGAAUAAUUGAGAACUCGUCGAUUAAGAAAUACGAGGUUUUGUAUCGUCACUUCAAUGAAGCUAUCGGGUUAAAGAUUGAUGAAAAGAGCAACUCGAUUUACGUGACGGACCUGGGCGGUCGCAUUUAUCAUUGUGACUUGCAUGGAACGGACAAAUCUGUUUUGGUUGACGAUGAAAAGCGAGCUUUUACUGGGCUCGUUUUGCUUUGA